GAAUUUGAAAAAUCAAGGGUCAUUUAUUCUUCUUUCCAUAGAUUUUCUCUUCAGAUCUCCUCCACACGCGAAGAAAGAACCCCUCUAAAUCUGAUUCGUUUUUUUUCUCUUAGUGUUCUUGAUGAACCUCAAAAAAAAACCACCGCAAAACCGUGUACUCAGAAGACUAUGGGCCCCUCGCCCUUUGAGAUUUGCAAUGGGGCCACUUUUGGGCCCCACUAGGUAAAGGGCUGUGAGUAACACGGUUUUGUUUUUUUUCUCGGUUCAAGCAGAAUUUUCCUUGUUUUCUUCCUUUAAACCUUUGAAACGUACCACAAAACUAACCAAACAACGAGGGCGUUUUUUUGUUUUCAGAAACCUACCGAUUUCUAAUUUUAACCUUCUCUUUGAAUCCGCUCUUACAUUCACAAUUACAGUAUUCAACCCGUAGGAAGAACAACACUGUGAUUCUGAAGCUGAUUCGAGCUUACACAAAUAAAGCCGGAUUAACCUAGCUUCAAAUCAUUUCCAAUUGCAUUCAGAAUCACCAGUGUGUAGCUGAUUUCUUUUAUGCAGCAAACAAACAAUUUGCUGUCAUAACUGUUACAGGUGAACCGGAUCAGAGUGACAAAUAAAGCAUUACAUCUCAAGGUUUUUUGUCUCCAGAAUUUGGUUCAGUGCCGUUGAAGAGGGGUUCUGUUAUACUAUCUUAUCAAUUUCUAUCUGCUACUUUUGCUUACAUAUACUUCUAAAGGAUUAUUAUGGUGGGUUUUAGAAAUAGAUACUUGGUAAUGGAGGUAUUCUUGGAUCCAAGUAAAGACCUCGGCAAGGAGGAUCCUAUUAUAAUUAGCCAGUUUAAUAUAUUAAAAGCAAUUAAAGACAGCAUUCUUGUAAACUUCGGAGAAUGUGGUUUAUCCGCUUCUCUUGGAUCAUUACAGGUUAAGUAUGUAAACCCCAUAACAAAAGUGUGUAUAAUAAGAGCUGCAAGAGAAGAACACCAGAAAGUUUGGUCGUCAAUCACAAUGAUCAGGAGUAUCGGAAACUGUCCAGUGAUAUUCAGCUUAUUGGACUUGAGUGGAAGUAUCAAGGCAUGUAAAGCUGCAGCCUUAAAGUAUGAUGAAGCAAAAUUUGAACAGUACAAACAAGUGAUGGGAGAUCGACUCACACCUGACAUUAGUCAACAGAUGUAUAAUUUUCUUGCAAAAAUUCAACUAUUGGAGCACUGAGCAAACCUUUAGAGACGGCUCUUGCUUCCUAGAAUUGAUUCUAGGAAUGAGAAGCUACAGAAAAGAGAAACUGUAAACCAGGGUAUCCAAAUUUCAUUUUUGUUGAACAAGCCUUUCCUGCUUGUAAAUUAAAUUUCUUCACUUUGGAAUGACACCGAGAUUAGUACUUUAAUUCAAGUUUACAAGUUUGCUACA